UCUCAAACACUAGUGCAAAUAAUCUUUUAUGACGAGAGCUACAGGUUACACUCACUUAAAUCCUUAAGUUAUAAACCCUCAAACUCCUUUUACAAAGCCAAUACAGGACCCGAUUCGGCACACAAAACCCUCAUGGUUUAACCCGCUAAAACCCUCACCCAAAACACCCUCCCUCCCACUUUCACCGCUAGCUGACGUCGCCGGCUCUCUUCCCCCGUCUUCAACCGUCGUUGGCAUUGACUAACUGACACCCGAAAAACCAGAUUUUGGAAGAAAAUUGUACUUAAUGAACUCGUUAUUUAAUGCGGCUUUGUUUUCAAAGACGAUGACUACUGGGGCACGAUGUUUUUCACUGAAAAGAAGAAUUGAUCAUCAUCAUCAUCAUAAUGCUGCAUUCAUAACUGCAGGUUAUGGAAUUCUUCUUUUGACGAGGUUUCGUGCUGCGAGUUGUUAUUCCACACUUAGUAAAGCUAGCAGUGGUGCUGGUGCUGGUAAAUCUAAGAAAAAGAGUAAAGAGUCUAAAAUGAUGGGAGAAGAGAAGAAUGCUUUCUUUGUUGUUCGGAAAGGGGAUCUUGUUGGUGUUUACAAGAACUUAAGUGAUUGUCAGGCUCAAGUUGGAUCCUCGGUAUGUGAUCCUCCUGUCAGUGUGUAUAAAGGCUACACCAUGCCCAAAGAAGCCGAAGACUAUAUGGCUUCUUGUGGGCUUAAGAAUGCACUUUAUUCCAUCAGAGCCGCAGAUCUAACAGAAGAGAUAUUCGGAAAUCUUGUGGCUUGUCCUUUCCAGCAACCACAUUUUACUUUAGGAGAAGUGUCGAGCGAUCAUUUGUCCAAAAAAAGAUUUCAGGAUGUUUUGGGAUCACAAACCGGGGAAGCCUUUGGAUUGACAUCUAUGUCAAGCGAUCCUGCAAGGAAGCACGCUAAGUUGGAACGUGUUGCAUCUCAAGGUGUAACUACAAAUCGCACUUGUAUACUUGAGUUUGAUGGUGCAUCUAAAGGAAAUCCUGGACAAGCUGGGGCGGGAGCUGUUCUACGUACCGAAGAUGGAAGUGUGAUAUGUAGAUUGCGUGAAGGUUUGGGUGUAGCAACCAAUAAUGUUGCUGAAUAUCGAGCUUUUAUCUUAGGGUUGAGAUAUGCUCUCAGCAAAGGGUUUACUAGUAUACGAGUUCUAGGCGAUUCCAAACUUGUUUGCAUGCAGGUUCAAGGUCUAUGGAAGGUAAAAAAUGAGAACAUUAGCAAGUGGUAUGAAGAAGCAAAGAGACUAAAGGAUAAAUUCCUCUGCUUCCAGAUCAAUCAUGUUUUAAGAGACUUGAACUCGGAUGCAGAUGCUCAAGCAAACUUAGCUGUGGAUCUUGCAGAUGGUCAGGUUCAAGAAGUCAACUCAUAACUCUUAGGCGACUUAAUGAAACAAAAGCAGGUCCAUUGGGCCUACAGGCCUGUACAUUUCUUUUACACAUUUACUCUUCAACGGUUCAACCGAAGUGUCAAACAAAGGAUCAAGAGGUUUACCUGGUUUAGUUCUCAAGAAUACAACACUUGUUUAUCUAAGUUAGCCUCCAGCUGAACUAUAUUCAGACAAUCAAACCUAUGGGAUAUAUUCGUGUCACUCUUCCAAGGGGGUUCUAAUGAUGGCUUUGCACUUUCAUGCGUGCAUGGAAAUUCAUGGAGCUUUUUUAAACCCGUGGAUACAGAACUGUACUUGUUAAAGCUGCUGCUUUUUAUGCCUUUUGUUGAAGUUGCUGGUUUUUAAGCCUUUUGUUUAAGUUGCUGGUUUUUAAGCCUGGUAUAAGUUAAUGUUUAUACCGGGAAACUGGUUUUGCAGGUUAUAUUUUAAUGUAGAUUUUAGUCUAUUUUGUUGCA